UGACCAUCUACCACCACCACCACCAUCAUCAUCAUCGACGACGACCGCGGCGGACAACGGCGGACAUCGCUGAUUACGACGACGACCUCUUCGCUUACGCAAUAACGCCUUUCCUCCUUGACUGUCAAUAUCUGUUCUGUCGAGCCCGCUACCCUACUACCUCAGCGCCAAUUCGCCUUCAUUAUCUCCUCACGAGCUGUAAACCAAAUUAACGACGCCUCCUGCGAUAUAUUCAGUCUGUGUAUAGAAUGUUUCAAUAGUUUCUCGUCUUUGCCUCCGCAUUUGUCACUGUAAUUCUUGCAUACACAUCCCAUCAUGACCAGUCUGGGCGGGCCUUCAAAUCCAGGCGUUGACGACCAUUUGCGUGCAGGACCACCACAAGCAUCGUCUAGCCGUAACACUAUGCCAGAUCUGUCCACUAUCGUACCUGUACCAUCACCCUCCUCGUCCGCGGCACAGUCACCUACUUCCUCGACCAGCUCUUCUCAACUACUUCCGAUACCAACACCGUCGACAAACGUAUCUCAAGCCUCCUUCACCUAUCCAGACUCUUCUGACGAGAGAACGAGUUUGGGUCCGCUGCCUGCAGACAUUGCUACUGCUGAUAUAUCUAUUGCUCCCGAUGGAAGCUUUGUAGAAACAUCUUCCGGACCCGCAGCACGCGAGCUGAAGCGACGGUAUGACCAACAUUACGGUGUAGGGAAAGACGUGAGGUCACCGUACGCUAUCACAGCUUUCGUGAAUCAACACGGGAAACAGAUGUUUCGAGUUGGUCAUCGAGAUCAGUCAGCUCCUGCUGCCUCAGCAGCCGACGUAGAAUUCACGAUUCAGCGGAAACCGGCCAACAAGUUCCCGCAGUCUCAUCGAAGCCGGUCGAAGCGCCGUUCACGGAUGAGUGUACAUGCGCUUCCGAAUUUGUUCAGAAAUAGCGGUUCCACAACAGCAACAACGAUGAGCUUUACCGGACCUAGGAAAUUGAGGAAGACGCGGUCGAUACCGGACAUGAACAAUCCCCGUGCACAGGACGGGGAAUCUCUGCUUACUCGCCCACAUUCUAAUAGUGUCACCUCCGCUGAUGCCCCUCGACUCCCGGAAAUUGACGCCUCCCUUAAUAACGGAGGGAUGGACCUGUUUGGCCAAGUCAUGGAUUGGACAACAUCAUUGGAAUCUUUGAGCGCAUCAUCAUCCCACAGCUUUGAGGACUCGGACGUUGACAUUAGUCCCUCUGUCCUAUCCGUUCCUGUUACACCUAUCAUACACCCCUUUGGACCCGGAGUACACUUCGAUUCACCGCGAAAACCCGGUCUCGACCGCCUGCGCUCCACCCGGCAUCUACGCGAGAUGCAGUCUUUUGAAUCUGGGUUAACAGCUCGCCAGACCGAGUGUCCGAGCAAAGUAGCAUCUACAAGCAAUACGCCCAUCUCCCCUAUAAUAUCAGAGUUAUCCUCCCAGCAAAAAGAGCUCACUCGCUCUCCCUCUGCUAUCCGCCUACGACCGCCCGAUGUCGUGGACGUGGAAUCCGGACCGGAUCCAUAUAUGCCUAGCUCCGAGACGGCCAUACAUUCUCGCUUUUCGACUGACGUUUUUGAUGUCAUUCAGACAUAUCGGGGAGUUCCGCUUAUUGAUAAGCUCUCCUCUCAAGCUGAAGAGACCGCAGUUAUCAGACUGUCACUCUCUGAGGGCAAUAUAGCUGCACCGCGUAAUGAUCCUCGGUUUGUCAUAUGGGCCGAAGUUAGGUAUGAUGGCGACGAUAGGUCUGUUUCGCAGGACAGCUACUCGUCUGCCUCGAGCCUUUCGGGACGCCGCAGUCGCAAGGGAAAGAGUCCAGAAGUGUCCAAGUUAAAAAUUGCGCCAACGCAGGAGUUCCAGAAAAUUCUUGUAGCUGCAUCCAUCGAACGAUGGAUCGCGCAAAUGACGAGCGAAUUGAACUACGAUGAGCUGCUGGACUUCUUCCUCACCUACCGCACUUAUAUCGGAGCCGUUGAUCUGUGUCACCUUUUAAUUUGUCGAUUUCACUGGGCUCUUCAGAAACACAAUUCACCGAGUGACGAAAUGGUCCGAAGAAUUGUCCGCGUCCGAACAUUUGUUGCCUUUCGGUACUGGCUUUUGACCUUCUUCACCGUAGACUUUUUGCCGAAUCGGGAGUUGAGAUUGCUUUUUGCGAGUUGGUUAAAUGCUUUGAUCCGCGAUCCUAUACUGGAGAAGCAUAGUGACGGCUUGAGUAUCGUCAAGAAAUUGAAGAAGAUUGCACAAGACUGUAAGAAAGCACAUACACGUACUUCUUCGAAAGCGAAAUCCCGGCCGACUAGCACCAGCGUUCAACAAGAGCACUCUUCAGGGAAACAGGAGCACUUACUUGGAGAAAAGUUUGCUGAGGCAACUAAGAAACUCCACGGAGAAGAAGAUGUUGGCGAGUUGGAUUUGGACUUCAUACCUGAGGAUGAAGAUGUGCCUAUAUAUGCACCAAACUAUCCUCCCAACGCACACAUCAGCAACAUUCAUCUCGGUCCCAAUCUAUCACCUCCAGGGUCGAACUCAAUAGCUUUCUCAUCGUUAUCUAUAUUGCCACGACCGGAUCACAACUCUGAUCCUGGUGAAGAAGCUGCGGUGCCGUUCGUGCAAACCUCGGCGACAUUACCUAUCCAUCACAAUGCAUUAUCCCGCGCGUUCGUGAAGACUGCUUUGGUGAAGACGAUCGGACGUCUCGGUCGAUGGAAGCGUGUCUUGAAUAAUAGGACAACCCCUCGAGCACCUUUGGGCUCAUAUACCCAUGUGUCCGCAUUUGAUUUAGAACUGUCGGUUUCUCGAGAUCUAUUGAAAGUUCAAGGUGGAGUUGAGCAAUAUCUGAAGCUCAUCGAGCCGCAGCCAGAUAAUUUAAAUGUAGCCUCCAAUCCCAGUACCGUUGCACCUACGUCCUCUGCGGUAACGGCUAAACCCGAAGCUACUCCUGUAUCAUUCCAGGUUCCCGAACCUUCUCCAAUUCCUGCGUAUUCUCUCGUUCAUGUGUCCGAUGGAGCCAACAGAUCUUCGGGAGAAGCUACAGUCUUGCCGCCUUCAACAUCCACGGAGGCUUCACCCUCCUAUAUUGAUGCUGGCACCACAUCAUUUUCUAGCACUUCUACGAUGGACGAUGAACCGGCCCCUCAAACACCAGAAGCUGAUACCGUCUCUCUGGCACGAACAUCGUCCACGGACUCAUUCGGUGAACCUCUAUCCGCCGAUCGGAACUCAGCCAAGUUUCCGGCGUUCCAGUCUCCUUGGCAGUUUGACGUCGAAUCAAUUGAUGAGCUAGAUCUAUCGGAUACAUCAUCGGAGCACGCUCCUGGGGCCCCCGCUUCACCGCCAGGUUUGCGAAAGCCUCUACGUAGGUUACCUUUACGCCGAGACUUUGAGUUUGUGCGUCGGUCAGAGAGCGUUUCAUCGAUGGGAAUAGUAUCGCAUGAAUCGGUGGCAUCAGAAGCGAGUUCCGCUGCGUCGUCCGCAUCUGGGGUAGGUCUCGGGAGGAACAUACAGCAGUGGCAGGUUAAUGCACUCGUCGACUCUUUGAGUGAUGAUGGCGAAGCUGGUGAUGUAGAAGAUGCCCUGCGUCGCUUGGAGGGUCAGAUCAAUCCCAAACGUCAGCAGGAGAAAGCAUCGAAAGUAGACGAUUGGGUGAAGACUAUGCAAACUCGCAUGGCGACUGGUGAUUAUGAGGAUGAGGAACCACGUUUCUCUGAUGAAGAGGUCUAUGAUGACGAAGCUGAUGAAGAUAACGGCAGCAAUGAGGGCGAAGAUGAAACGGGGGGUUUACGUUCACCGUCUGAUAAUAUCGAUGUUGCCUCCAUUGCUUCAUCAUAUACGGAUGCCGAACAAUUCCUCGCUGCUGAUAGUCCUACGGCUGAUGCUGCGACAACGCCGAUAGCAACAAAAGCAUCACAUAGCAUUCCAUGCCCCGGGGAAUCUUCUAAACGUCCUCCGCAAGCGAAGCCUGCUCCCGAGGAUGCAGUUCCUUUGGAAAUCCUCCAGAGCCGUAUGCCAAAUGGUUUCCCAUCAACUUUGUCAUCUAAUGCCAUAACCACGUCUUCCGCAAGUUCUACCUCCGUCAACACAACUGUGCCCCUUUCUUCCAAGUUCGUUCCCCAUGAAGCACCCCGCUCUCAUAAAUCAUUCAUCCUCAGCUAUACGGCUGAAAGUCUUGCUCAGCAUUUUGGUAUGAUUGAUCGAGAACUGUUCAUUAGCAUCAAAUUUGAAGAGCUCAUCUUGGACGAUUGGAUUGGUCGGGAGAAUGAGGUAGAUGUGUUGGAUUGGGCGCAAUACCUCAAAGACAGGGCGAGGUGGAAGGCUGAAGGGAGGUUCCCUGAGAAGACGAGUGUGCUUGCAGCCGUGAGGGCGAGGUUCAAUCUGAUGGCUAAUUUCACGGUCUCUGAAGUUGUGUUGACCCCCCCAAUGGAGCGUUUAAAGGUGGUUGCUAAGUUCCUCAAGAUCGCCAUCAAAUCGUACGAAAUGGGUAGCUAUAACACCGUUGUCGCUAUCGUGAGCGCCUUGCAAAGCCCUUGGGUAAAGCGAGCCAUGAAGCGAAGGUGGGACACCUUCCCGCAUCAAGACAAGCGGAUGUUCCAUGACUUGAAAGAGUGGACAACGAGCGACAGGAAUUUCAUGCACAUUCGACGUGCAGUAGACACCAUUGUUGAUGCGAAGCCAAUUGAGCCCUCUUCACAUGCGCCGUCCAUCGUUAGUGGGGGAGUCGGAACUACGAAUGGCAACGCUCAUGCAGCGAAUGGGACCGACAGAGCCAGCAGCGCAUCCACCAAAGCGAGGCCGACGCAUUCGACACAUAGCACCAGCACUGCGGCCAAACAGGCUGAUAUUACGGAAUGCAUUCCUUUCAUCGGGGUAUAUCUUUCUCAGCUGACGGAAUAUUCCCACCUGCCGGAUCUGAUUGACCCCACGUCUCCCACUACGCCUGUGUCUAUCGAUUUUGUGACAUACAGUUACGAUACGCUUUCUCAACCCGAGGUAUUCGGCGCGUUGCAGCCACUUCCGCCUGGGAUGCAGAUAGAGCCACUGAUUAAUGUACACAAGCAACGGAUGCGGGCGAAAGUGAUCAAACGUCUCGUUGCCGGACAACAUGUGGCUAGCCGUGUCGGAUGGGGGGUCGAGAAACGGUUAUUCCAAAAAUGUUUGAGGUUGAGGGGUUUGAGUGAUGAGAUGCUAGGAAGGGCGUUGGGGAUGUACGACCAUUCUGGGAGCAGCGGCGGAGUGAAGGCCGACGUUCAGGACUGGGGGUUGCACAUAUGAAACCUAAGAGAAGUCAUCGUAACGACGUGUACGAAUAAAAAAAACGGACUCCGUUGAUUAAUUAUUUCUAUGACUCGUUUACCUUUGUUAUCCUUGCCUUUGAAUAUGUAACGUACAUCCUCUUAGAAUCGUUGCUUUCGUUCGUUUUUUGUCGUUAUGUAUUCUGGGUUUUGUCGUGUUGAAUACAAAAUCUUUGAACUCGUUUGUU